CACCCAUUGUAUAUGUAUUAAUGUUUUUUUUCUCUCUCUCUCUCUCUCUUAUAGAUUUUGAUGCUUAACCAUUCCUCAAGUGGGGGAGCCUUGUGGAGCCUUCCGGUGGUAGCAAGUAGCAACUAAAAAAGAAGUGGAAGAAACUCACUCCAAUGCCCAAAAAUUAAAAAUACAGAAAAAAAGGGAGAGGAAUAGCCAUAACAACAACAACAACUCAUUUACACUCUUUUUUUCUCUUUUUAGUUAUAUAUUGUUUGUUGCAUUUUGUUUUCUUAAUACUCAGUCUGAAAAGUGAGGUUUUUUCUUUACUUUCUUAGCUCUAGUGUUUUGGAUCUGAUUUUCUCUUAAAUGGGUUUGUGAGUUUUGUUCUGUUUUUCUUCUUUUCAAAGCUCAAGUUUCAAUCUUUAUCUCAUUUAUGAAAAUGGGCAUUUGUGUUUUUCAAUGUUGGGAUCUGAUUUUCUCUCGAAUGGGUUUGUGAGUUUUUUUCUGUUCUUCUUUUUCAAAGCUCAAGUUUUAAUCUUUCUCUCAUUUAUGAAAAUGGGCAUUUGAGUUUUUCAAUGUUGGGAUCUGGGUUCUCUACAUUAUUAGCUCAUAUCAAAGUUUUGAAAUUUCUGUUCUUAAAGUAACAACCUUUAUAAUCCUUCCCCUCUCUCUCUCUCUCUCUCUCUCUCUCUCUCUCUCUCUCUCUCUUAUGGCUCCUGGUUUGGGAUUCUCAAAAUGGUGGGCUAAAGAUAAUUCAAGGAAGGGAACACCAGUGGUUGUAACCAUGGAAAACCCCAAUUACUCAGUGCUUGAAAUAGAUGGCCCAGAUGAAGCAUUUAGGCCAGUUGAUAAAGAUAGAGGCAAAAAUGCUAAACAAUACACAUGGGUUUUGCUUCUUAAAGCUCAUAGAGCUGUUAAUUGUGUUUCUUGGGUGGGAAAUCUUAUGUGGGCAUUACUUGGUUCAGUGAAAAAAAGACUCAUUUUUGGUGAAGGAGUUGCUAUGGAAGAGAGUGAGAAAUCUGGGAAAUCAAAGCUUUUGUUUAGACUCAUAUUAACAUUUUUGUUAAUGGCUUUGAGUUUCUUAGCUUUUGAAGUUUUUGCCCACUUGAAUGGUUGGCAUUAUUUUCAGAACAGCAGCAACAACAACAACAGUUUGCAUAUUCUUCCUAAUGCUUCUGAGAUCAAAGGGUUGUUUCAUAGUGUUUAUGUGUUUUGGUUGGAAUUUAGAGCAGACUACAUUGCUCCUUUGAUUGUUUCUCUAUCAAAUUUCUGUGUUGCUCUUUUCUUAAUUCAAUCACUUGACCGUAUGAUUCUUUGUCUUGGUUGUUUUUGGAUUAAGUACAAGAAAGUUAAACCAACUGUUGAGAAAGAACCAUUUAAGUCUAAUGAUUUGGAAGGUGUUGGAUUUGAUUAUCCCAUGGUUCUUGUUCAAAUUCCCAUGUGUAAUGAGAAAGAGGUAUAUGAACAAUCAAUUUCAGCUGUUUGUCAACUUGAUUGGCCAAAAGAAAGACUUUUGAUUCAAGUUUUAGAUGAUUCUGAUGAUGAAAGUAUACAAUGGUUAAUUAAGGCUGAAGUUACUAAGUGGAGCCAAAAGGGUGUUAAUAUAAUUUAUAGGCAUCGUUUGGUUAGAACUGGUUACAAAGCUGGGAAUCUUAAGUCUGCAAUGAAUUGUGAUUAUGUUAAAGAUUAUGAAUAUGUUGCUAUCUUUGAUGCUGAUUUUCAACCCAACCCGGAUUUUCUCAAGCUGACAGUUCCACAUUUUAAGGAUAAUCCUGAAUUGGGGUUAGUUCAAGCUAGAUGGACUUUUGUGAACAAAGAUGAGAACUUGUUAACUCGCCUUCAAAACAUCAACUUGUGUUUCCAUUUCGAGGUUGAACAACAGGUUAAUGGGGUGUUUCUUAAUUUCUUCGGUUUUAAUGGUACCGCCGGUGUUUGGAGAAUCAAAGCACUCGAGGAAUCGGGAGGUUGGCUUGAACGAACAACCGUUGAAGAUAUGGAUAUAGCUGUUCGCGCUCAUCUCAACGGUUGGAAAUUCAUAUUUGUCAAUGAUGUAAAGGUUCUUUGUGAACUUCCUGAAUCCUAUGAAGCUUACAAAAAGCAGCAACACCGAUGGCAUUCUGGCCCGAUGCAUCUUUUUCGAUUAUGUCUCCCGGCUAUCAUUACCUCAAAGGUAGUUCAAACAAACACAAACAUCCAUUUUUUUACCUUACUUUUGAAUUCUAUUCAUUUGCUCAUUGUUGAUUUUAUAUUUCAGAUAACAUUUUUCAAGAAGGCCAACUUAAUACUUCUAUUCUUUCUAUUAAGAAAGUUGAUUCUCCCAUUCUAUUCAUUCACAUUGUUUUGCAUAAUUCUCCCCUUAACCAUGUUUGUCCCCGAAGCCGAGCUACCUUUAUGGGUAAUUUGUUAUGUCCCGGUUUUCAUGUCAUUCCUAAACAUUCUCCCAUCCCCGGGAUCAUUUCCCUUUAUCGUCCCAUACCUUCUCUUCGAAAACACAAUGUCCGUGACCAAAUUCAAUGCCAUGAUAUCCGGAUUGUUCAAACUAGGUAGCUCGUACGAAUGGGUCGUCACCAAAAAAGCCGGUAGGUCAUCAGAAUCCGACCUUUUAGCCGUGGAGGAGCGAGAAUCAAAAGCGAUGAAUCAUCACACUCAACUCCUCAGAGGAACUUCUGAUAGUGGUCUCUCCGAACUAAACAAAUUAAAAGGGCACCAAGAGGCUACUCCCCCGAAAUCUCCUACAAAAAAGACGAACAAGAUCUUCAAAAAGGAGCUAACUUUGGCUUUCUUACUACUCACCGCCGCCUUUAGAAGCCUUCUUUCGGCUCAAGGAGUACAUUUCUAUUUCUUGCUUUUCCAAGGGGUGACAUUUCUCUUGGUGGGUCUUGAUCUAAUUGGUGAACAAAUGAGCUAGUUAGUAGUGAAGUUAAGCUAAGUUAAAGCUCAAAAAAUAAAGGAAGGAGAAUAAGCUAAGCUAUUCAAGGUGUCAAAAAUACAGGUAAAAAAAAAACCAAAACAAAAAAAAAAAACAUACAAAACUACCUAAAAUCAAAAUAAGUUAGUUAUUAUUCUCAAUUAAAUUUCUCUUAUAUAGAUUCUUUUCUUUCUUUGUCCUUGUUUGCAAUUAAUUUUUGUCUUAGAGAUAUUAGCAAGUAAAGUGUUUAAGUUAGCUUCAUCAUUCAUAUUCCUAUAUACCAUCUUUCUUUAUUUUUCUAGUUUAUUUGGUUUUGGUGGUUCAUUUAAUUUUCAAGUGAGAGAAAAGUGAAAGAAAAAAAAAGGGGUAAUUGUUGAUUGUUUUAAUUUAAAUGUAAUAACUUGUAAUCUUUGGUUUAUUAUUGAUAUAUAGCUCAAAGUUGUAUUUCAAUACCAAAUAGGCUUGUUUAUUUGGAGAUAUAUUUAGGUGAACAUUACAUUGUUAUGAAUUCUAAGAUUUUUACACAUGUAUAAAACUAGUUGUAUA